AUGGCUUCCACCUUGGCGGCACUCACUUCGAUCACUUCGUUCCUAGCUCAUGCCUACUACCUCACCGGCCGAACCUACCACUCACUUCCCGAUCGGAUCCCAGGUCUCCGCAACGCCUUCACAGUCUCGCCUACCCGUGAGCUGCCGGACCUCAUCACCAUCUUCGGGAUGGUGGAAGGGAGGCUUCUGUGUGCCCAUGCGGCAAUGCUGGGUGGAGACGAGUACCUGUUGAUCAAGCAACUGUACGUUGCGAACGAGCUGAUCUACGAGGCCUGGUGGAAGGUCUCCUGGCUGGACAGGGCCGUUGCGAACGGGCCCGGAGAUGGGGAGGAUGAUGAGUUGUGUGAGGACGUCGACGACAGCGGGGAGGAGUUCGAGAAGUGGCGGGCUGCAUUGCCAAAUUGUUGUGGUACGCUGAUGCUUGCUGAAGAUGAGGCUUUGAUGAAUUGA